UGCUAAUUUUUUUUAAUUAAAAACAUGUUUAUUUUCGUUUGAUGAGUGAUAACUAGGCCUAGACUAAAUACUCCACAAAUAUUCAUGAAAGUGGUGAUUAUUCUGUAAAACAAAGGCUGUGAAGGUAGCUAUAUAUGGCAUGGACAUAUUUAUGAAAGUUUUCAUUCUGAAAGACUAUUGAUAAAUUUAUGCUGUGUAAAGACUUUCCUAAGCCACAAUCUCGUUCUAUUCGCCAAGCUAGGUUGGCUGUCUGUCAAUUGGUGACGUGACGUAGAGCUAGGACUCAAGACAGUCACUCCAAAGGUUACUUCUCUACCCCUCUGACACCUAAAAUUAGGCCUAAGAGAAGCUACACAGAGAUCGCUUACACAAUGUCUGCUCUGACGAUAAAAGCUGCAGGAUUAAUCGUUUUCCGUCGGGUACAGGAUAGCAUACAGUAUCUACUUCUCCAAGCAUCCUACGGAGACAAUCACUGGACACCACCAAAAGGACUCCUUGAAAAUGGAGAAGAUUUUCAAAAAGCAGCAAUACGAGAGACGGAAGAAGAGGCAGGCUUUUCUAGUGAGGAUUUAUCAAUCAAAGAAGACUUUAAAAAAACUCUCAAAUAUGAAGUGAGGGGCAAACCUAAGGAGGUCAUUUAUUGGCUAGCAGAAUUGAAAGACCCAAACCAGCCUGUCAAACUAUCAAGUGAGCACCAGUGUUAUAAAUGGGUUCUACUCAACCGUGCAUGUGAACUUUCAAAAUAUGAGGACCUGCAGGAAACCUUUCGACAAGCUGAAUACCACCUAUUGAAGUGAAUUAUGUGUUAGUUUUAGAUAUUCUAAAAUUUAACUAAACUGUUUUAUAUUUGUGGUUCCAUGUUUAACUAAACAGUCCAAUUUGUUGUUCAUUGUGGGCUCUACGAGUUGAAAUACAGUAUCUGCUGGUAAAAUCUGGAUAAACUUUCAAAUAAUCAAUUGUGGAAAACUUACAUUUAAGUGAUCAAAUAACAAUUAUAGAUUUUUAUGUUGAAAAUCUUUAA